CCAUCCAUCCAUCCACUACCGGUAUUGGUCUCCCAUCUCAGUUCAGGUACCGAUCAAUAGGUACUGUACUGCACGUAGCUGGUCGGAAUCUCUGAUUCGCCCUCCCUCCCUCCUCUUUCCCUUGGUCUGCCACCUCAGUCUUGUUUCUUACCUACCUUCCAUGACAUUAGUUGCCCCUGAUUCCUACCUACCUACCUUGCCUUAAUACUUUCUUCUCCUUGGCCUCCUUUCUGACGUACAGUAGUAGGCAGGUUCUCUACCUAGAGUCACACAAACUUAUCAGGUUCCUGUCACUUUUCUUCUGGAUAUCUUCUUCCGUUCUUCCAGCUCUUCUUCAGCAUCGAUCAUUUCCCUUGUCAAAAGCAGUUCAUUACUCCUUUCAUUCAUCGUCGCCGCUUGUUUCGCGCUCGCUUUAAUUCCUCCUAUUCUCCCCACACACACACGAACAAGUGCAAGCCCACAACGCACGCACGACCCUGCAGCGUCGAACGCCAACGAUCCACCGACCGUCCCACGCGCCGUCUCUCCCUCCUGAAGUCCGCGUCUCAGCCGUGCAUAAAUCUGUCCGGAAAUACACCAAGAUCCAUGUCUGGUACCUUGCAGCCCACUAUCUAAACUACUCUGCUCCAAGUACCCUUUUAGCUCAGGUACUUCGCUUUUGGUUGCCUUGCCUGUACAAUUCCAUCACCCACGGCCCCCCUUCCCCUUCUUGCCUGUGCCUUGUCCACCACCAACACCACCACCGCUACCUCCACUUUCGCUAUCACCAUCAACCUGCCGCCGUUCUGUUGUUCGUUUUGCACUUCUUUCUUCCUUGAACGCCUCCUGCGCUCCUCGCGAGAUCGAGGAUUUUCAGAAUUUCGCAUCGCGACAUACUGUCGCUCCCAUUGAGCUACCGUUGCCGCCUCUCCUCUGUCCACCGUCGCUUGUUUCUUGUCCUUUGUUUUCUGAGCGAACGUAUUGCCGUUGCGCGCCUCCAACCGCCGUGCUCGCCUCAUAACCGUCGUCGAUACUUCCGUUGAUACAAUAUUCGUUAUUUUUCGACUACCCGCUUUUGUACCUCGAAACCGUUGAACGCCGUCUACGCCUCACUGCUUGUCAUUCACCUCGAACUGGUCGUUGCCUUCUCUACCACACUUGACCUCGACUCAUCGUAAUUGGGAUAACCUGACUCGCUGCCCUUUAGCUGUUCUGGUCAUUUGCGGAAGCUUUUGGCUCGGCACCUGCGCAAUUGCUGCUUGUUGUCUGGGACUAGAGGCAUACAGGCCUGAACCCUCGUUAUCUUAAAUUGCAGUAAAUACACUAUGUCCAUCAUGUUACAAACACCAUCUCGAGCUUCUACCGCCUCCUCCUCCUCUUUCCAGCCUAUAUCACGCCAAAACACCAUGUCUUCCUACGACGGCUCGCGCUCUGCGCGCCAGUCGAAGCGUUACUCGAUGUCAGCUCUGUACAUGUCAAUUUCUGCCAAUGAGGGAGACCUACAGAUUGAAGAUGAGCUUGCCAAAGCACAAAAGGCGCUGCGUGAUCUCAAGUCUAAGAUCUCAUCACAGUCAAAGAAGAACUUCGUUUUGGAAAAAGAUGUGCGCUAUCUAGAUUCCCGAAUCGCUUUGCUUAUCCAAAACCGUAUGGCCCUGGAAGAGCAAAACGAAGUUGCCAGCCAUCUCGAAGAUGCUCUUGAAAUGCAGCAGGGUGUCUUUCCUAACGACGACAAAACUCAGAAAUACGGAAACCUUUUGUUUCUACUCCAAUCUGAGCCUAGGCACAUUGCACAUCUCUGCAGGCUGGUCUCGAUGUCCGAGAUUGAUUCGCUCCUUCAGACUGUCAUGUUCACUAUCUAUGGAAACCAAUACGAGAGUCGAGAAGAGCAUCUCUUGCUCACUAUGUUCCAGUCCGUCUUGACAUAUCAGUUCGACAACACUCCAGACUACUCCUCCUUGCUCCGCGCUAAUACGCCCGUCUCUCGAAUGAUGACUACAUACACCCGAAGAGGUCCUGGUCAAAGUUUCCUCAAAUCCGUGCUUGCUGAUAGAAUCAACGGCUUAAUCGAGCUGAAAGAUCUUGACCUGGAAAUCAACCCGCUCAAGGUCUACGAGCGAAUGAUUGAACAGAUCGAAGAGGAUACUGGCCAACUGCCUCCCCAUCUUCCCAAAGGAAUCACUGGCGAACAAGCCGCCGAGAACCCUCAGGUUCAGGCCAUCAUUGAGCCCCGCUUAACCAUGUUGACCGAGAUUGCUAAUGGCUUCUUGACCACCAUUAUUGAGGGCCUCGAGGAAGCGCCUUAUGGUAUCCGUUGGAUCUGCAAACAAAUCAGGAGCUUAACCAAGCGCAAAUACCCAGAUGCUAAUGACCAGGUUAUUUGUACCUUGAUCGGUGGAUUCUUCUUUUUGCGUUUCAUUAACCCUGCGAUCGUUACCCCGAAAUCCUACAUGCUUAUCGACGGAACCCCGGCCGAACGACCCAGACGAACUCUAACAUAUAUCGCCAAGAUGCUUCAGAACCUCGCGAACAAGCCAUCCUACGCCAAGGAGCCGUACAUGGCUAAGCUUCAACCGUUCAUUCAUCAGAACAAGGACAGAAUCAAUAAGUUCAUGCUCGAUCUCUGUGAGGUCCAGGAUUUCUAUGAGAGCCUCGAGAUGGAUAAUUAUGUUGCCCUAUCAAAGAAGGACCUUGAACUUGAGAUUACCCUCAAUGAAGUCUACGCCAUGCACUCGUUGCUUGACAAGCAUCAUGACGAGCUGUGCAAGGAUGACAAUUCGCACCUUGCUAUCAUUAUGUCGGAAUUGGGAUCAUCACCCCCUCAGUUGCCGCGAAAAGAGAACAGAGUUAUCAACUUGCCUUUAUUCAGUAGAUGGGAGUCAGCUAUCGGCGAUCUGACAGCAGCAUUGGAUAUCACGCAGGAGGAAGUUUAUUUCAUGGAAGCCAAGUCGAUUUUCGUACAAGUCAUGCGAUCGAUCCCAGCAACUAGCGGGGUAGCCAGAAGACCACUGCGACUAGAACGCAUUGCUGAUGCCGCAGCUACAAAUCGCAGUGAUGCAGUAAUGGUUCGCAAAGGUAUCCGGGCCAUGGAACUGUUAUCCCAGCUUCAGGAAUUGCGCGUUAUCGACAAGGCCGAUCAAUUCAGCCUACUUCGGGACGAAGUUGAGCAGGAGCUUCAACAUCUCGGAUCACUCAAAGAGGGUGUUAUCACUGAGACCCAGAAGCUGCAAGAGGUUUACAAGACGAUCCGUGAUCAUAACGUCUAUCUCAACGGACAACUCGAGACUUACAAAAGCUACCUGCACAACGUUCGAUCACAGAGCGAGGGUACUAAGAGAAAGCAGCAGAAACAGCAAGUCCUUGGUCCGUACAAGUUCACACACCAGCAGCUUGAGAAGGAGGGUGUCAUCCAGAAGAGCAAUGUUCCCGACAACAGACGGGCCAACAUCUACUUCAACUUUACCAGUCCACUACCUGGAACAUUCGUCAUUUCAUUGCACUAUAAGGGUAAGCUACUCUCGUUCUCCUGUCACUCUAGCAUGCUAACUUGAAGACAGGUCGCAAUAGGGGUCUACUUGAAUUGGAUCUCAAGCUUGAUGAUCUGCUUGAGAUGCAAAAGGACAAUCAGGAUGACCUUGACCUGGAAUAUGUUCAGUUCAACGUGCCAAAGGUGCUGGCAUUGUUGAACAAGCGCUUCGCGAGGAAGAAGGGCUGGUAAAUGAUCUAUAAUGACAAUACGACUCUCAGCCACACACAUCUCGACACAUAUUGAUCCAUGUACUACGACCGCAUCAGACGGAGGGGCUUGGCGUUAUGGAUACUGAUACCACGGAAUAUUCUGUUCUCUUCACCUUGGGCCAGGAAGCUACUAGGAGGGCUUGUCACCAUGGUUUCUUUUGUUAAUUUUCAUUUGUCUGUUUCCUUUUGGCAUGAGCAUUCCUUCAUGUCUUGCGUUGUGGUGGUGAGACGGAUAUGGAUGUAUGGAUGGAUGGAUGGAUGGAUGGGUGAGGUGGAAAUCAGCGAGCAGGAAGGACUAUUCUUUUAUAUAUACCGUUUGCUUGUUUCUUGAACGGCGGUAUUCUGCUUCGGCUGGUCCGCGGUGGGAGCCUGUUAUGCGGAACCUUGAUUAUAUGUGCAUGCCAGUAGUCUGUUAAUGAGAUGGAUAUUAUUCUUCAAGGCAUGUCAAGAGUGGUGGCAGGAUGAUCAUAGCUAGGUAGGCUUUGGGCCUUGAACAGUGAUAAUGAACAACGGGAUUUGAGUUUUAUAAUGAAAACUUGAAUUAUUACAUCCAUAUAGGUGAAUUGUUACUUGGCAUGCCUUGAAGCACGAAA